UUCUCUUCUCUCCCGCUGCCAGACCCGCGCAUGCGCAUUGCGGUCACUAAGCCCGGUGCGCUCCGCUCUCGCCGUGUCCCUACCCGCGGCCUGUCUGUGGAGGAGAAGCGGCGGAGCCCCCGCGCACAUGCAGCCUGAGUUUACCCCGGGGACGGUCGGUCUCAUGGAGCGGGUCGGAGUGACACAGUCUCGUUUGGGUUUGAGUUCACCAUGCGCUGCGGGACAACACUAAGAUGUGUGUGCGCUCUCAGAUAACCUUUUUGCUUCUCGCCUGCAACUUCUGCGCCUUCGUUUAUGCCCAGGACCCUUCCUGCUGCCAUCAUGCUGCCGAGUUCUCUCAGUGUAGAGAAGCCUGCGAUCAGCUUACAAGUAUUAGAAGUGAAUCCCAUUUGAGGUUCCUAUACCAGCGUCUACCAAGCUACUGUCCAGAGUCUAUGAAUGAGCUUUGGAUCUGUAUCAACUCUACGUUACCUGGAGCAUCAAGGAAAUCAGAUGGAUGGGUUGGUCUGGGCUGCUGUGAGUUGGCUAUCUCAGCAGAGUGCCGAAGAGAAUGCAAACAGGCAUCUUCUAAGAACGAUAUCAUAAAAGUAUGCAAAAAAGACACAGAGAAACCGCUCUACAACUGUAUCACCAAAAAUGAAAUGGGCUCCGUUUGCUGCAGCUAUGCAGGGAGACACACAAACUGCCGCGAGUACUGCCAGGCCAUCUUCCGCACGGACUCCUCACCCACCGUCUCCCAAAUCAACGCCGUCAAUCAGUACUGCCAGAGCAUCAGCCCGCAGCUCAUCAGCUGCGUGGCUAACUACACCAAAUCCUACCCAACCAGGAGUCCCAUCGACAGCCUGUACUGUUGUGACCGUGCAGAGGAGGCCCAUUGUCAGACUGCAUGUAAACGCAUUCUGCGCACCAUGACCACAGAGAACGAGAUCAUGGAGAGUCUGAUUGCUGAGUGUGGUAGUCAGCCCCUCCCUCAGGACCCCCUGUGGCAGUGCUUCCUGGGUAGUGUUCACCUUCCUACCAAAAGCAACCCAGAAACCUCACCCACAGCCAAGAUGGACUGCGCCAAGCUCCACUGCUGCUCCAAAGCUAAUACCUCACUGUGCAGGGACAUGUGCCAUGAGAUCAGCACCAACUGGGGCACUCAGACAUGGCAGGAGUUUGACCAGCUGUGUGAGUAUAACAAUGUGGAGACCGACCUCAUCACCUGUCUGGCAGAUGUGAGGGAACCAUGCCAGCUGGGCUGCAAGGAUCUCACCUACUGCACCAAUUUCAAUAACAGGCCCACAGAGCUUUUCCGGAGCUGCAACAUCCAGUCAGACCAGGGCGCCUUGAAUGACAUCAAACUGUGGUCCAAUGGUACCAUCCGGAUGCCUCUGAUGAAUAUUCCUGUUUUGGAUAUUAGAAAAUGUCAGCCUGAGAUGUGGAAGGCUGUGGCCUGUGCUCUGCAGAUUAAACCUUGCUACAGCAGAUCAAGAGGUAGUGUCAUCUGCAAGUCAGACUGUGUGGACAUCUUGACCCACUGUGGGGACUUUACACGCUUCCCAGAAGGGCAGACCCCCGAGCGUAUCUGUGAUCUUCUGUCCCCUACUGAUGACCCAGAGCGAUGCAUUCCCCUACACCGAUACCUCACUCCAAGCCCCUUUGAGAACAUUGAGGAGGUGAUCCAUCCCUGUAACCCUAACCCAUGUCUCAGCAACCAUCUGUGUGAAGUGAACAGGAAGGGCUGUCACCCAGGACAAGACUGCCUGCCUUACUUCUGUGUGCCUGGCUGCAAACUGGGCGAAGCCUCAGAAUUCCUGGUGCACAUGGAGGCGCGGAUCCAGGUGCCUAUGCGUAGUGGCCAGUUAGGCUGCUACGAAGUGUGCACCUGUGGCCAGAGUGGUCGGCUGGAGAACUGCGCUGAGAUGCCCUGCAUUGACACCACCAAAACCUGCAUCAUGGGAGAACAGAGAAAAAGUCAUGGAGAAUCUUUCAAGGUAGACUGUCGCUUGUGCUCCUGUUAUGCUGGGGAGUUCAUCUGCUCCUCCCGCCAGUGCCCCAGCAUAGAGCACUCAGACGAGGAUCGCCGCCUCUUCGUAGGCCUUCCUUGUGGCUGUGCUGAUCAUUUUGUUCCUGUGUGUGCCCGUAAUGGACGUACAUACCCAAGUGCAUGUGUGGCACGCUGUGUGGGCUUCCAGGAUAAUCAGUUUAAGUUUGGCUCCUGCAGGAGUACCGAACCCUGCUCACCAAACCCCUGCCAGAGGAACCAGAGGUGCAUCCCUAAGAGGCGGGUCUGUCUGACGACCACAAAAGACUACCCGUGUCUGCAGUAUGAGUGUGUGAGCCGCCCUUCAGGCUGUGACCCGAACCAGCUGGACCCUGCCUGUGACACAGACAACAUGGAGCAUGCUAACCUGUGUCUGCUCUACCAGCGGGGCAAGACCCUGGCCUACAUGGGACACUGCCAGGAUGCAUGCAGAGUGCGUCAAGAAGUGUGUGGACACAAUGGUGAGACGUACAGCACGGUGUGCGAGGCAUUCUCUGAUCGUGUGGCUGUGGACUAUCAUGGCCUCUGCCAUGCUGUGGGUGCAGUGUCAGAGUUCAUGGCUGACUCUGGCUGUAAUGCAGUGCCCUGCCCACCUCUCUCCACACCGGGCUGCAACCCUGUCACCCCACCUGGUGCGUGCUGUCCUGUGUGUGCUGGAAUGUUGCAGAUCCUCUGGAAUAAACAGCAGAUGGAUCUCUUUGCCAGGCUGAAUCGGAAUCAGCCGGUAACAGUGCAUGAUAUUCUGAGGAUUCUGCGGCUGCACAUUUCUGUUCCUCAGUGCGAUAUCUUCGGCUACCUGAGCAUCGACUCUGAGAUUGUCGUCCUCAUCGUGCCUGUGGACCAGCAGCCCACACCACUGCAGAUUGAAGCCUGCAGUAAAGAGGCAGAGAAGAUUGACUCUCUGAUCAACUCGGGCAGCCCCACACUGGUGUCCCAUGUGCCCAUGUCUGCCUUCCUCAUGUCUGAGCUGAAGCUGUCCACUGUUAGCUCGGCUGCUCCCCCCAGCACCUCCUCCCUCUCUCUCUGCCUCUGCCUCCUCCUCUCCAUGUUCCUCCUCUCCUUCACAGGGAGGGCCCCAUGGAAUGCUUAGACACGAGUGUCCCCCUAUACUCCUCAAUGUCUGUUGCCAGGCAGCUGGAUCGCACCAUUGACCUCUGACCUUCUUUCUUGGCCAGCUCUUUUCAUUACUGGAAGCGGCUCUGGUCCGUGUAGCAUCGACAAUCAAAAAAAACAAAAAACAAACAAACAAAAAAAGCUGAUGAGAACAAUCAUUCUAACUAUGACAGGACAGUGAAGUUUUGGACUCAUCAUUAAAUCAUUAAUGGACUCUG